UAUCAGUCGCGAUUUGACACUUGACCCUUGACGUUAGCCCGUACGAUUCGCCAUGAAGUCGCGAUCUCAAGCGAUCUAGGAAAGCCGCCUCUUGAAUCCUUUCUUAGUCCGUCUUUAAACUCGUCGUCGUUACCGUUAGUCGUGUCUCUUCUAUUUUGUGCUUUUCUCUUUAAAAUAUAUAUGUACAUAUUAUCAAUCGAUUUGGCAAUGAUUGAAUGAAAUGAAUAUCAAGAAGAACGAGAUAAUUGAAUAGUGAUUAGAAAAUGUUUCUCAAGGCCGAAAGGAUUAUACUUUAUAUGAGAAAAUUUCUUAAAAUGAAUGUUACCAUUUACUGGUUACCAUUUAAUUAAAUUAUUUAUUUAUUUAUUUAUAUUCAAACAAGACAAAUCUAAUUUAUCUUACAUAUAAAAUCGAUUAUGCUAAAAUAUCCAGAAGAUAUAGUAAACGAAACGGAAACGAAUGAGAAAAGCCUAGGAAGGAAGGAAGGAAGGAAGGAAGGAAGGAAGACAAGAAUGAAUUCUACGAAAGAUUUUGAAUUGCCGAUCGAUAUGAGAUUCAACGAGGGUCAUAUAAUCAGUAUCGUCACUUAUAGCGUUCUAAUGGGAAUUUCAGCAAUCGGGAAUAUUACUGUCCUUUUUCUGAUCCUACGAAGUCGUCGUUCAUCCAAAUCAAGGAUAUACACGAUGCUGAUGCAUUUAGCUAUUGCCGAUCUUUUCGUAACGUUCCUGAUGAUGCCUUUGGAAAUUGGUUGGGCGAUAACCGUGUCAUGGAAGGCUGGCGAUGCCAUGUGUAGGAUUAUGGCAUUCUUUCGAGUAUUUGGACUUUAUCUUUCGUCAUUUAUUUUAGUCUGCAUUAGUAUGGACAGAUAUUAUGCAGUGAUCAAGCCUCUUCAAUUAUUGCACGUAGAUAGACGAGGGAAAAUCAUGUUAACGAUAGCAUGGUUAGCUUCGAUAUUUUGUUCUAUACCACAGAUGAUGGUAUUUCAUUUGGAAGCACAUCCGAAUAUUACAUGGUAUUCCCAAUGUAUUACAUUCAAUGCAUUCCCAACUUACACACACGAACUCACCUAUUCGUUAUUCGGAAUGGUUAUGAUGUAUUGGUUGCCAUUACUAGUAAUUAUUUAUACAUAUACGAGUAUAUUGUUAGAAAUUUGUAGACGUUCGAAAGAAAGCGUGGAAGAUAGGAUACGUCGUUCGUCUUUGGUAUUCCUUAGUCGUGCUAGAAUACGCACUUUAAAGAUGACUAUCAUUAUCGUUGCUGUUUUUUUCGUUUGUUGGACUCCGUAUUACGUAAUGAGCCUAUGGUAUUGGAUCGACAGAACAUCCGCGAGAAAAGUCGAUCAGAGAAUUCAAAAGGGAUUGUUUCUUUUCGCAUGCACAAACUCCUGUAUGAAUCCUAUAGUUUAUGGUAUUUUUAAUAUAAGGGAUAGAAAGAAGAGUACGACGUCUCAAUGCGUAACUUCCUUGACAAAUAAUCCUAAAUCAUCCUUGAAAGGCCGACAAAUAUCCUAUGAAAGCUCUAAACAUGGAUCGAUAGCUAAAUCGAAAGAUCGGGUCGUCGAUCUUCAACUAAAAACCAUCACUGCUAAAUGCAUACGUACGUAUGAAUCGAGAAAGGAUCAUCGAGCUUCGAGAAAAACCUAAAUGAAUACGCGGACACAACCUGAAGAUUUAUUGAAGAUUUAUUGAUAAGUGGUACCACUUCCCACACACGUGCCUAACUCGCACACACGCUUGUGUUAUGUGCCUGCAUUUAACAAGAGAUAUAGAGAAAAAUUCUUGCGGGGAAAUUUCUAUGACUGGAUAUUUGUAAAAAAAUAAUCUGAGCAUCUUAUCAGGCUCAACGUUAUCAAAAUCUAGGAAGUGGAAAAACCGGAUAUUGUAAGAUGUCUGCAAUUCAGAUACUAUCUAAUUGUUGUGAUUCACAUUUCUGCGUGUGUGUGUGUGUGUAUGUGUGUGUACAUACAUAUUCUUAUAUUAUACCUAUCAACGAGUUAAUAUUGCCUUUUUUAUAUUUAAUAAUUUUUUUUUUUUUUUUAAAUAAUUAAAUCAAAUUUUAUUAAAAUGUCAUUGUAAAUUUAGUGGAAUGAAUUUUGUGAUACAUUUAAUGUGCAUGUGAGUGUGCAUGUGCGUGUGCGUGUAUAUGUAGAUUCCAGAUAUGUACAUAUGUGUAUGUAUGUCCGUCCGAAGAUUAUUAUAAUAUGUAUAUUAAUGAGUUGUGUACGUACGAUAUAAUUCUUUGAUCUUUAUCUCAAAUAA